AUGAAGAUCUUCAACUGGGUGCAGAGGAGGUUCCAUCAUAACGGUGUACCCAAUCUCUUGCAUUCUAGAAAGUUGCUAUAUUAUUACGGUCCAAUUUUGAGUAUCUUGUUUUCUUUAAUUCAUUUUGGCGGCGAUGGGCUGGCUCGAAAUGUUAAGAAGACUGAUUCCGUUGCAAUUGACACAAAUACAAAAGCUUUACUCCAACAAGUGGCGCUGGUUGACGUGCUGGAUGGUUGGCGAGAUGGCAUUUUAACAAUUGGCACCCUUGGUUUUGAUCCUUUGAAAUCCUUCAGUGAACAAAAAGACUACUUAACCUUGGAAAGCGAUGACGCAGAAGGGGCAGAGGAAGAACGAUACUCUCAUAACAAUGAUGAUGAAGAAGAUGACAACGACGAUUAUGAUGACAAUAAUAGUGAUGAAGAAGUGAACCCACUGAUGUUCAGCACUUUCGACCACAGUUUCGUGGACGUUGAUGAUCACACGAAAUAUGGAAAACCUGAUGUGAUAAUGAUGGUUGAUGGGGUUGCGGGGUCUACUGGUCAUACAAUCAAGUUUGACUUGGAUAUCACUGAGGGCCAUUCUGGAAGGCUUAGAAGAAGAACUACACUUGCAGACCUCUUCAAUGAGGACUCUGACAUGAAAAAGAAGCCGAGCCCUCUUGAAUUGGAGUCAAAUUCUUGCACAAAGGGUUCUCUUCCUACAAAAAACGGGCUUUCUUUUGCCAAGAAACUCAUUCCUCAAGUUGGAGAGGAUUCACGUCCGAUCAAAAUGCUACACCAAAUGAGGAGGAUGUUGAAAAGGAAGAUCCAUCCAGAGCUUGAAGGCAAGAGCAAUAAAUUGGACGGGCAGUCCAAGCCUAGUGUAAUCGAUGUUCUUGCUAGCAAGAAACAUGAAGCCGGUGAAUCAGUUUCUCUGCUUCAAUCUCCAGACGCUGCUACAGCUUGAACUUUGAGUCAUGAUGAUGACUAAGUAAUCUGCUACAAACUAAUGUGUUCCCGGUGUUGUACUCAUUAAAUAAUUUAUCUUUAUAUUUUCUUUUUAUGGACAAUGUUAAUUA